GGUACACGUAACUGCAACUAUUUGCUUUUCGAUUAUUGUUGUGCGCGAUCUGAAUAUAUUAUUUUAGUGCACAUUUCAUUUGCUACCUUUAGCAUAAAAACUAGUAGGCUUGUAAUGAAUCACCAAAGCCUAGAUUGGAUGUGCUUUAGCGGUACAGAAGUUUGAAAUAUACUAAGUGACAUAUAAAUCCGAACACCCAGUUUAAAUGGUUUUAUUUUAAUAAAAGUUGGUGAAUGUAUUUAUCUUACUACCUAUCAAGCAGUGCCAAACAUUCUUCCGCACCUCCGACAGAAGAAAACAACGCGAUAAACCACAUUUUCCUCUCGCAGGAGAGUGCUACAGUACGACCGGGUCGUACCCUAGCGAUAGCCUGCAAGGCGCAGGGCCAUGUCCAGUGGCGGUCCCCCAGCGGGGCCAAGCUGGGCCCGAGGACCAGACCUGUAGUGAGAGAGUUCAUCGCUAUGGGAAAGGUGUUGAUUUUCAAUGAUACUAGGGCUGCAGAUGCUGGGAAUUAUACGUGUGUGGCCAAUGGAACGCAGAAGGUGUUCAGUCUGACAGUUGCCGAAGCUCUUCACUGUAAACACUGCCAAGAGGUUCAGACUGGAAAGGAGGGACAAACGAUCACUUUGAAGUGUGGACUGAAAUGCGGCGAAGAUGAGGGCAGCGUGAUAUGGAACGUAGUGGAAAAUGAAAAUUAUAUAGAAUUGUUACCUCCAAAAUAUCAGCGAGUGACGGACGAUUUGAAAAUUAGUAAUCUGAGGCCCAAGGAUGCACGCAAGGAAUACGUGUGCCUUGUUCCGGGAAAACUUGGAGAAAUACAAAAUUGCCGGAUAAGACUUAAGGUACAACAUAAACCGUACUUCAAAGAGGAGUUACGACGAGAGGAGUUGCCCAAUCGAACGUUAGGUAGCACAUCCUCCGGGAAACUGUACGUCGCCGAUAACGAAAUCUACAUAGAAGACGGGGAACUUGUUAAUUUGACGUGUGAAGUUCAGGCGGAACCGGGCGCGAAGUUUGAUUGGUUCGCCGUUGACAGGAACAACAGGACGAAGAAACUCGGCAACGCGUUGACGGUUAACGGCACAUUGUCCAUUUUAGAGGUCCGAAAGUCGGAUGCAGCAUCGGAAAGCUACAAAUGCAUGGCGUGGAACCCCCACGGGAGGCUGGAAAAGUCCUUCAAUUUGCACCUGGGAUUCCGGCCAGAUCCCCCUCUAUCCCUUGACUUAGUCAACGCUACCUCAGACUCGCUAGAGCUAAAAUUAGACGUAGAGGAGGACAUCGAGGCGCUGCCAGCCGUCUUGUUUAUCAUGUAUAGGAAGGUGGACAGCGACCAGUGGGAAGAGCUGGAAACUAACGUCAAUAAUGGUAGCGUGGUGCUUGAAAACCUAGAUGCCGGCACCAAGUACGGUAUAAAAGCUGCCAUGCGAAACAUAGUAGGACUGAGUAACUUCACAGACUUCGUGUUCUUCCAGACGCUACCGUCCUCCGCUUCUAGCACUGCUUCGAUUCUAUCUGUUGUAAUAUUUCUAAGUGUUCUGCAUACCUUGCACACGGUUGGGGUCGUGUCAUAAAUAGCGUUAUUAUGUAUUUAUUUGCGAAACGAUACAAUAAUGAUGAAUUUCUAAUGACUGUUGUUAGCAGAUACAGUACGUACGUUAAAAACGUGUUUUAAGCUAUUUCGCGUCGAUGCUAAUAAUACGAACAUUUGGUUAUGUCAUCUUAUUUAUCAACAUCAAUUUAGUAUUUAAAUGUCUGUCUUUACAGCGUUAUUUAGUUGUGAACAGGUGGGCCGUUAUUGCAUUAAUUAGUGAUACGUAAUUAGCCAACUCGUCAAAUAAAUUAAUAAUGAUGAAAUGAGCUAAUUACGAUUAGAUUACGUCAGUCAGUAUCAUCACCAAAUAGACAGAAAUUCGAGCUGAUAUCCGACAAUAAUUUAAAAAUUUAAGUCUAUAAGAAUUCGGUGCGGUAGGCGGUGAGUAAUGGAAACCGGUAAUUAGACGAAGUAUUAAUUUAUGAGCUGGUAGCCAUUUGAGAAAAAAAUUUGAGGUAACUUGCCUGUUUACUAUCUUACGCUGAGAAGACUGCUUUUAGCCCAGGCUACAGAGAAAAAAUAGGUAUUUCGUGUAAAAAAGCUUAGCAGAUAUCUGAAACUUUUAAAUGAAAAUGGGACUUUCUAAUCUCAGAUAUGCGUUGUUUUUUAUAAACAAUGAGAAAAGGUCAAAAAUGUAUUUUUUGUGUCGGUGGACCAAAUCUGUUUUAUCCAGCAAGGUCAUCCAUUUCGACGUCUAAUUAAUCCUCAGUUAAACUUUAAGUAACCUCUGGGUAACCUUGCUGGUUAAAGCAAAUGCCAGAUUUGGUUCCAGCUACCUAGAAACCGACAUGUGGAGGUUUUGAGAUUCAAACAUUUUUACACACAUUGAUCCUGGAAUAACUUUGAUUUGACCUGAAAAUAACCUCUGAAUCACGUCGCUAGGCAAAACAUACGUCGCCAGAUUCUAAUUCACCCAAAAACCAAAAAAAUAUUGUUUCCAAAACUUUUUAAGAAAGUUUUUUAGACCUGAUCUUGAAGCUUAUCAAAUAGAGGUCAACUGACCUUGCCAUUGAGUUCAAGGUCAUCCGUAUCGACCUUGAAACAACCCUUAGUUGACGUUCAAGUAUCUUCGAGAUGAUGUUGGAUUCACCCAAAAACUACAAAAUGUCUUUUCAAAAACGUAAGUAAGUUUCUUUGACUUGAUCUUGAAGCUUAUGUCAUAGAGGUCAACUUACCUUGGCAUUGAGAUCAAGGCCAUCCAUGUCGGCUUCGGCACAACCCUUAGUUGACCUUCAAGUAAUCUCUGGAUGAUGUUGGAUACACCCAAAAACCACAAAAUGUCUUUUCAAAAACUUAAGUAGGUUUUCUAGACUUGAUCUUGAAGGUCAUGUGAUAGAGGUCAACUGAACUUGGCAUUGAGAUCACAGUCAUCCAUGAAGACCUUGAAACAACCCUUAGUUGACGUUCAAGUAAGGUCUGGAUGAUGUUGGAUUCUCCCAAAAUCCACAAAAUGUCUUUUCAAACAAGUUUUAAGAAUUUUUUUAGACUUGAUUGAAGCUUAUGUAAUAGAGGACAAACUGACCUUGGCAUUGAUAUCAAGGUCAUC